AUGGAUACAAGCUAUCUCUCACAGCAGGUCAAUACAAUAAUUGGCCAGCUGCACGGCUUGUUUGAUGAGAUUGGGGUAUCCAACCAUGAUCGCGAGGCGCGGGAGGCAGAGCUCUUCGCCGCUCUGUCCGAAGCAUUGCACAACCAAGUUCGUCUCGUGACGGCUGAGAAAAAUGACAUGGUUGAGGAAGCGCACAGAAUCAUUACGACUAUUAGGCAGAUGGAAGCUUCGCUUGAUGACACCAAAGCCCGCCGCUCGUACGACCCGGAGGACGACGAAGAUUUGAAGAUCACAUACCCGCUCACUAGGUGUCUAAAAGUUCUCAAGGAAAAACACAUCCAGAUCAGCCGUCUCCACAGGGAAAGGUUUGAACAAGUCAAAAAAUUGGCCCAAGCGCUCGAGUCCUACUCCCUUCAUCUUGAGCCAACCUUUGUCAAGCUGGCUCUGCCACCAACAGGACCCAACCAGUCCAUUCCCCCAAGCUUCGACUUGUCGCCCAGCUAUGUAGAUGAGCUGGAUGCCGAGUUUACGCGAGUGUAUGAGGAGUACACUCGCCGCGUGGCAACUGUGAAGGCCCUAGCUGAGAACAUCAUCCAACUGUGGGCAGAGCUUGGGACGCCGCAAGCACAGACAGACGGCGCAAUUGUCAAGUACUAUCGCGACGCGCCGGAACAGCUUGGACUUCAUGAAGAAGACAUUGCUCGACUUCGCUCCAAGAGAGACAAACUCUCGGAAGAGAAGAAGAACCGAGAGAAGCGUUUGAAGGACUUGAAGAUCGCGGUCGAAACGCUCUGGGAGAAGUUGGGCAUUGAGGAUCACGAGCGCAAGGCUUUCCUCAACAGUAACCGUGGCUGCGGAAUCAGACAGAUCAACGAGUUCGAGGACGAACUGGCACGCCUGAACGAGCUCAAGCGACAGAAUCUGCAUCUAUUCGUCGAGGACGCCCGCUUCAAGCUCCAGGAACUCUGGGAUGCCCUUUAUUUCUCCGAGGAUGAGAUGCUCGAGUUCACACCAGCCUUCUCAGAUGUCUAUAGCGAUGCACUGCUCGAGGCCCACGAACGCGAGAUCGCUCGGCUGGAGGUCUUGAAGGAACAACGAGCCCCGACGCUAGCACUCGUUGACAAGCACAGGAGCCUGAUAAGUGAGAGGGAUGAGCUAGCUGCAUCCAGCCAGGAUGCCUCGCGGUUGAUGAUGCGUGGCCAAAAGGGAGAAAAAAGAGAUCCAGGCAAGCUUCUGCGAGAAGAAAAAAUGAGGAAGCGGAUUGCCAAGGAACUUCCAAAGGUCGCAGCCGAACUUCGCAAGGCCCUCGAGAAAUGGGAAGAUGAGUAUGGUCGGCCAUUCCUGGUUCAUGGAGAGCGGUAUCUUGACGAGCUCGAGCUCGACGAUCCGAAGCCAGCGCCAGGUGGCAGGUCCAAAACGCCGGCUCCGACACCCACAACAACCACUGCUUCCAAGGUCGAACUGAGCCGGGCCCGUAGUGUUGGCAGCAUGAGAGGUGCCCCAAGAAGCAUGGCAAAGACUCCCACGGCUGCAAACGUAGCCAAGCCGACUCAGACUACUCGACCGAACACGGCGAACAAUAAGGGGAGUCCGACUCGGAUUCCUGCCCGUGUGCCGCUCUCUAAUCUUAAACACGGCAACAAUUCCCCUGAGCGCUCCCGUCCGGACUCGAGGCUUGAAGCCAGCGGUGUGCGUCAAGUCAAUCCCGUUAUGAGAGCGCCGCCGCCGAAGAUGAGGGACCUUAUCCCGCCCCCCGAGUUGGAAACACCGAUUAACCACUAUCGCGCUGCCGGCCUCGGGUCCAGCAUUGUCCGGCAUGUAGAACCUGAGGAUGUGUAUGACGACAACCGGUACUAUUCUCACGAGAACAGCCGACCUCUGUCUGCGGAAUAUGCUCCCUCGCGGUCCUACCAUCAGGCACCGCCCGCACCGCCCGCACCGCCUGCUGUCCGGCAAAUCUCAAACACGUCGACUGCGAUAUCCGGGUCUGAGAACUGGGAGACGUAUGACGACAACUCGGAACCAGAGGAGGAUGCUUCCGACGCGUACUACGCAAAGGUACGUGCGGCGCGUGCAGCGAAGCGCAUCACGCCGGAAGCGAGCUAUGGACGGAUACAAGCCAACCAGAUAAAGCGACAUCGAGGUCUCCCACCGGCCCAUGCUGGCCAUGUCAUGGUGGAUCACGAAGGCAAUCGAAUCGCAUCCGGCAGCGAGUGGACCGAUGAGGACGCUUAUUGA